AUAUUUUUAGGGAGGAAAUAUAUAAAUGAUUAAAUAUGUGAUAGAAAUGAGUGAUGUGACUUGACAUUUGAGUCUGACAAAUGGAUGAUGGGUAAGAAAAAUGAUUGGUGAUGAUUUUAAGGGAAAAAAUAUGACUGGGAUAAAAUUCAAACACAUUCCUGUUCUCAAACGUCUCCACAUCUACAAGGCAAAGGCUUGUCUGAAGGAAAUUCAUGCAAAAUGUUGCGGAAGCAUUUGGAACGCCUCGAGCAACAGAUGGGAAGCCAAGAUACUUUGGAAGAGGAUCAGGAUUCAAGGCCUAUAGAGGACGAGUCUGAUCAGGAUGCUCAAGCUCUCUCUCCAGAACCCAUAUUGGAUGAAGAGUUUCAUGAGGAAGAAGAGGAGGCUGGAUCAUUUUUGCCAGAGCUGUUGCAUGGUAAUGAAAAUGAUGAAGCAAUUGACCCCAAGGAGGACAGGGCUAUACUGGAAAGGAAACGUAUAGCUGUUUUGGAAGAACAACAAAGGCGAAUCCAAGAAGCAAUGGCUUCAAGGCCAACUCCAUCUGAAGAUGACUUGGAGAUGAAAGCCAUGAAAGCUAUGGGAGCCAUGGAAGUAGGCGAUGCAGUAUUUGGCUCGAGUGAUGAAGUAAACCUUGAUUAACAGGGUACAAAUUCAAUAUUUUCUACCUGGAUCUUGUCGACAAAACAAAAGCUC